AUUGUAAAAAAGCUGUUCAGGGGCUAACCUCGCAGCUACAAGGAAUAGCUAUCAUAUCGCUCCUGCUGCUGCUGCUGCUGCUGGCCUCUAGGAAUCUCUCUCCCUACUCCAUACUCACUGAAUGGAAACCCUAGAAUCGAAGUUAUCUCGGACUUAUUUUCGAUUCCAUUGCGAGGUUUAUCUUUCUGUUCCUUUGGGAGAAAUGGUCUAGCCUGGCUUAGUUUCUCGGAUGCUAAGUUUCCCUCAGUUUUGAAGAAGAUAAGGAGAUGUACAGAGGGGGUCUUGACAGAUUUAAGAAGGCCCAGUCUCUGGAGCCAUUCUCAGUGGCCCUCAAUUCUACUCCUAGUACUGCAUCUUCUAAAACAAACAAUCAAGUUCUAGCGCAGCCUAACCAUCAUGAGAACUCACUCCAGCAGAGCCAAUUGCCGCAUCAAAAACAUGGUGCAUCAAAGCCUGCGGCAGCUGAAGUUGCAGUUCCUGCUCAACCUGUUACUCAGGUUGGUGGAGGUCAGUCAACCUGGCAACCUCCAGAUUGGGCAAUAGAGCCCCGCUCAGGUUUUUAUUACCUAGAAGUGAUGAAAGAUGGAGAUGUCCUUGAUCGAAUCAAUUUAGAUAAGAAAAGGCACAUAUUUGGGAGACAGGUCCAUACUUGUGACUUUGUGUUAGAUCACCAAUCGGUUUCUCGACAGCAUGCUGCUGUUAUACCCCACAAGAAUGGAAGUAUUUAUGUGAUUGAUUUGGGUUCCGUUCAUGGUACAUUUGUUGGCAAUGAGAGGCUUAUUAAAGACACACCAGUUGAACUUGAAGUUGGGCAAUCUCUAAGAUUUGCUGCAUCCACACGAAGUUAUAUUCUGAGAAAGAAUGCUGCUGCUCUUUUUCCCACCCAAGCUGCUCCAACAGAAAUAGAUUUACCUUCUCCCCCAGACCCAUCUGAUGAAGAUGCUGUGGUUGCAUAUAAUACCAUUCUUAACCGCUACGGUCUUACUAAAUCAGACUUGUUAUCAAAAUCUGACACUGUUUCAAGUUUAACAGCUGCAGAUCAUCUCUCAUCAAGGCCCUCUAAAAGGAUUAGGAAAGCAAGGGUUACUUUUAAGGAUCAGAUUGGCGGUAACUUAGUUGAAGUUGUGGGGAUCUCAGAUGGUGUAGAUGUUGAAACUGAGCCUGGCCCUAUUGGUGUAAAAGAAGGAAGUCUUGUUGGAAAAUAUGAAUCUCUUGUUCAAGUCACUGUUAUUCCUAAAGGAAAGGAGCAUCUAUCGCAAAGGGAAGGUAGCAUUUCUCCCAAGGGUGUCACUGACAAGUUACAGCAGGUUUUGAACAAAGUCAAGAGCACUUCAAAAGUUGGGAUUUAUGAUGACAUUUAUGGUGAUUCCUUUUCUGGCAAGGUAGGUUCAUCUUGGGCAUACAAAAACGAUGAUAGAGAAGGAAAUGCAAACAAAAUUGCUGUUGGAAAGCCUUCCAGUGGAAAACCAAAUGAUGCUUCUGCUGAAGAUGAUGAUGAUCUGUUUGGUGACUAGAACUUUUUUUGCUAAAGUUCUGUUAAAAUGCUGUUCAAGGGAUUAUCGUUUUGGUGAUUCGUGUCGCGGAAGGAACCUGUUUUUUGGGUUCAAAUGGUUCUUUAUAAGUCCUGUCUAUUAAAGAAACUUUCUGGUCAUUCCAUGUGAUUGUUUCCUUGGAAUUUUGUGCAAUUAGUGAUGCCUGCAUUGGUUCCUAUAUUGUUCAUGUUUGUUACAGGCUAGUUGGGGUAAGGAAGAUGAUGAUGGUGCUUUGACCUGCAACUUUUCUCAAGAUUUUGUUUGAUCAACCUUUCAUCUCACCAAUGCUGCUCAAUAUUGGUGCUCCCCAUGAGGACACACUUGGCUUUCUAGAGAAUUUCUGAAAGUUAAUCAAAUAUCCAAGGCUGCUCAAUCCAGGAAUUGGCUUCCCUGCCUUAAGUAUAGUAGAUUGUAAAAUCUUAAGCAAGAGGGUGCUUAAAUGUGGAUGUAAGAUGAUUGGAUUUACAAUAACAUAAGAAUUUCAUGUUCCUAACUACUAUAAAAUUUUGUUUUUCAUUCUUGUUUAUUUAUUAAAAUGCUUAGUAAA